CGCGCACACGACUCUCUUUAAUUCACUCAAACUGAACCGAACAGAGUGAAUCGAUCAGAAGUGAUUCCGCCUCGGAUGAAGGAGAGACACAGAUCCAUGAUCCAUCCUGUGCGACCAUCUCACUCGGGCUGCAGAAGGGCUGCAAUCUGCUUUAUUUUGUUUUAGAUUUUAGAUUUUAGAUCCUGCAUUUUUUACCCAUUUGAGAAUUGAAAGUUAUUUAUCAGAUUAAGAGUUCCGCUCAUCACCAGUAUGGACACCAUAUUGGACAGUUUCACCUCGGACAAACUUUUCCCAAAUCCCAACCUGUUGGACCUGGAGGACCUGAACGAGUCUGACUUCCUCACUAAUGUACACUUCACAGAGCAGAUGGAGGAUUUCUCCAAUGAGCUCUUCAGCAGUUUUUUUGAUGAUCACCUGCUAGCUGAGAGGACGCCGCUGCUAGACAUGGAGCUCGAGCCACCAAACCCCGACAUCCAGCAAGAGCACAGCUACUCCCUCAGUGGGGACUCAGCUCCUCAGAGCCCCUCCAUGCCCAUCAAAUCAGACGAUGAUGCAGAGGGCAUGUGGGCAUUCAGUCAGGAUUUGACUGCCAUCCUGGUUAAACAGGAACCCAACCUCCUGUCUGAGCCUUCCCCCGGACCAGCAGCCAACAUGCCCAGUUCCAGCAGUGCCACCCAGCCAAUCACCCUCAACCCACCACCACAGAGACACCACAAUCACGACAAGGUGGGCAGAGAACAGAGCUCCAGCACGGUACCUACAAUCAAAGCAGAGCCCAGAGAAGUCAACCAGUUCCUCAGUGUCCCCACAGAGGAGCACCUGCAGCUCCCACCGACUCCACCCAGCAGCCACGGCAGCGACAGCGACGGAUCACAGAGUCCUCAUUCAUUGCCUCCGUCCAGCCCAGCUCGCAUGCAGAGUCCUCAUUCGCUGGCACCCUCGAGCCCUGCCCGCAUACAGAGUCCUCUUUCGCUAGCACCUUCCAGCCCCGCCCGCCAUCCGGCUCGCUCCUCCACCGCCAUCUCAUCCUCUCCACUGCUCACCGCUCCACACAAGUUACAGGGCACGUCAGGUCCACUGAUGCUUACAGAAGAGGAGAAGCGGACGCUGAUGGCUGAAGGUUACCCCGUCCCUAACAAACUACCCCUGACCAAGACGGAGGAGAAAGCCCUCAAACGAGUUCGCAGGAAAAUCAAAAACAAGAUCUCAGCACAGGAGAGCCGUCGCAAGAAGAAGGAGUAUGUGGAGUGUCUGGAGAAAAAGGUGGAGAACUACACUUCCGAGAACAAUGAACUGUGGAAGAAGGUGGAGACACUCGAAAGUGCAAACAGGUCUUUGCUGCAGCAGUUACAGAAGCUUCAGGCACUUGUAAGUGGCAAAGUGCCUCGCUCCUGUAAAAUGGCCUCCACACAGACUGGAACCUGUCUCAUGGUGGUGGCGCUGUGUUUUGUGCUGGUUUUGGGCUCACUGGCUCCCUGCCUGCCUGAGCUCUCCCUCUACUCUUCUUCCUCCUCCUCAUCCUCACCAUCACACACGGUGAAGUCCGGCCCGCUUCCCGCAACUCACCUCUACACCACCAGCCAGGUCCGCUCCCGCAGCUUGCUCUUCUAUGAGGAGAGUUCCCCGCUGGAGAACAGCCACAGGAGCAUGCUGAGUGUAAAGAGUGGGGAGGGGGUGCCACACCAAUACACACAGGACCUGAAAGAGACCCACAAGCAGACACACACUCACAUCAGCUCAUAUCUGAACCCAGCACAGUCCAACAAGAACAGCAGUGGCACCCCUCUCCUCCACCGAGAACAACACUACCAUACACGAGAGCAUGAUCCUGAUGGAGGGGAUGAAUAUUUCUAACCCCUCUGAGCGGAGCUGCCUACAUCCCGCAGGCCUCCGCUGACCUUUGACCCCACACCAUCCAGGCCCUACUCCCGGUGGCGCUCCCAAGUGUUACCACUCUUUCACUUUACAAACCUGAGACGUCAUACACCACUCUCAGACACGCAGCCUGAACACACCGACAUGCAAAAGGAAGACAGAGAGAAAUAAAUAAGGCGAGAGCAGACGCAGAGAAGAAAAGGGAACGGACUGAUUGAGGGAGAAACUGAGAAAAGCUUUUCUCUAUAAAACCACACCAAACUGUCUUCUUCCUGCAAAGAUUUCCCUUCAUUUCUGUUCCUUUUUCUAAAAAAAAAAAAAAAAACCCCACAGCAGUAAUGGUGUAGUAACAGGUGCCUGGUGUUCUGAGCAUUCACUUCUCUUCUCUUCACUUUUCUUUUCUUCUUUUUUUAACUUUCACAACAGAGAUCAUUUUAUGUGCCAGUGGUGUUAAACUAAAGACAAGCUUUUGCUCCAACUUCUUCUGCAGUCUUUUAUGACUGGCACGAUUGGCCAAAGCUCUGAAAAUCUCACUCCAAAUUUCCAACAAAUUCCAGCCGAGCGCCAGAUAUUUUCACCUCCUCUAAACAUCUCCCACUCGUACACGACGAAUCUAAACAGAAACAUCAGACGUAGCGAUUUGUUUCAUUUUAACAGACAUACUUAAAAAAAUUUUCUACCCUUUCCAUUAUGAAACUGAAUAUUAUGCCUAUGGACUGUCAUGUUUAAUACUCCUGGCACUAAACGCCACCCUUACUUUAUUUAAAAGCAGCGAAUUCUUCUUCAUCUUCUUCUUCGUUUUUUAAAUCACUACAACACAAAAACAGUUGAUGCAUCGAGUUAAAGCUGGACUGCACUUGUUUUGCACUAGGAAAACUAAUUGAUUUAAGUGCCUUCAAGUUGUUGUUUUUUUUCCAUGUAGUCAUAUUUAAGAUUUACUAUUUUCUUAACCUCCAAGUCUUCAAUCUUAGAUUCUUUUAGCUUACUGAAAAUGAAUAAAAGGUAUUUUUAGUUUUGUUUUCUUUUUGUACUAUUUUAAAAUUUUGAACUCUAGAUGCCUUUGUACUGAAUUUAAAGUAUCCGUAAUAUAUUCUAGUAUUGUCAGCAUUCCAAAAAGAGCAUAUUUAUUUUAUGCACAAAAAAAGAAAAGUGAAAUAUUUUGUUCUUUUUUUUUUUUUUUUUAAAUAAUUGCUUUAGAUGAUGUAAAUUUUACAUGAUCUUUUUUUGUCAUAACUGUUAAACAGUUUUUGUGUUAUCUUUAUUCUGUAUAAAGAAAAGAACGUUUUGUAUAUAGGGUGGUUGGAACCAGGACAAUCAGCAGUAAUGCCAUCAGAAUAGUUUGAAAAUCUUUCUUUUGUGCAGAAUAUUGUUCUUUUUUUUAUAAUACGGUUUUACUAGAAUCUGACCGACAAAAACGCAGAUAAAUACCUUACGUUACGAACACGAGAAUCUGGAUAAUGUGGAAAUGAAGACAUUUCAAAUGUACAGUCGUAUAAAAACUCAUUUCAGUUGUUUAACGGUGUAACCGUGUUGUUUGUACACCGUGUACAUGACACCAGUGCUGAUUAUUCUUGUAAAACUAAAAAAAAAUCACGUGUCAUGUCACUAUUGUUCUGUGUAAUGAACUUUAAAUGGCUUUGUAUUUAGUCAUGAGAUGAUGAGAUGAACCACAUCAAGCUGCUGUCCAUGAGGUGGUUUUGUUGUGUUUUCUGCCCUGUAGUUUUAUUGAAUCGGGCUGAACGUGUUUGUCUUGUCUUGUUAGAAAAUAUCAAAAUGUAGAGUAUAAAAUAAUUAGACAGUUAGACAGUAUAUCAUAAUUGACUCUUUCUGUCUCUCCAGUUAGUCCAUCAGGGCUAAAUCCAGGAUCAACAAUGCUCAAGAUCUUGGCUCAGAGUUACUAGAGUUGCCUUAGACUUCCAUAACUCAAGCUAAGAUCAGUGUCUAGAAUACAUGAAAAUGCUUUAAAACAACUCUCAGUGUAAUUAUUGUUGGUAACACCUGUGUCCUCAUCCUUUUUUGUUGCGUUUUGUACAUAUGACACUGAUGGUCAAUUCUAUCUGUAAAUAUGGAGGAUGUAUUUUUAUAUUUCUGAUGCGCUACACGCCUGGGUGGGGGUUUUGGGCCUAAUGCUGAACGUUUUGCUUUCUUGCUGCAUGGUUCUCUCUGUGCUUCAAACUUAUGUCAGUUUCUGUCUAUAUUAUAUCAAAGUAGUGUUAGAAUGAAGCAAAAUACAAAAAUUUGCAGAAGCAAA